AUGGAAAUGAAAGGUGAUUGUGCGUCUCGUCGAGCUUUAUAUAAUUCAGGGGGCCGGACUACAGCAGCAACCAGACCUGUAGCUCAACUUGCGGGAUUCAUCAUCUCUUCGUCGGUGAGCAUAAUAUCGGACGGAGCGCACUGGGAUGGUGCGGUUCUCCGGAGACAUAUCAGAUCCUGGGUUGUGCCUUGCGUUCCAGGAGCCAUUGCUGCAUGUGAUAUCCCAUUGCGGUGGCGUCCAGCCCACCUGGACCCGAAGAAGCUGAAGCUGAAGGAUUCUCUGGGAGUGAAUACCAAUAAGAAAAUAGUGUUGUCUGCCACAUUAGCCAUUCCUCACAGAGGAGAAAGGCUCACGUUCGAGGCCACUAGGCGUAUUGUUGUCUACAUUUUGAUGAGUGUUCAAUACGUGGAAGUUGCAGCAAGUCAAGCAAUCCAAGGCGAAGGCGAAUACAGCCAGUCAUGUGCCCAGCACGAAUUUAGAGCCUAUCCUAGAUCUGAUUCUUCCUACAUUCAGUCCGACCAAGCCACAAUCCAAGACGCUAUGCACACUACUCCCACUUUGCUGCAGCAAGAUGCACAUCUCAUGUACACUCCCAAUAACGAUGGCUUAGCCACAGCAAUGAGGCUUCGUAGCCGCAAACGAGUUGUAAUUGGUCCCAUGGCUGCAUAA